UACCAGAGGGGGGCGUGCUCACCUCGCUCUAUACAUGUCCAAAGGCAGGAUCAGGCUGUCUGUUGGCAAAGAGAAGGAGAUCUUCAACCGUGAGAAGUACAAUGACGGAAAGUGGCACUCAUCUGGAGAAAAAGAAGUUCCGGCUGGUUGUGGAUGGUAUCAGAGCUCUGGAUGGUCAGCUGACUAGUGCUGAGUUGACAUCUAUGCAGCAGUUUAUGUCUCCUGUUUACCUGGGCAGUGUACCUGAGUCACUCCACCAACAGCUAAAGAUGAAGGCUCUGCCCAAGCAUAGUGUGUCUGGCUGUAUCCGAAAUUUCAAAAUGAACGGAGCAUCAAUGACCGAGCCCUCAGCCAAUCAUGGCGCUGGGCCCUGCUUUGAUGGACAAACCCAGAAGGGGGCCUAUUUCUCAGGGAGCGGAGCUCAUGUCAUUGUCAAUGAUACAUUUGUCUUGGGCUCCAGUUUUGAGCUGUUGUUUAAUAUUCGGCCGAGGAGUCCCACUGGGUUACUGCUCUAUGUGGGCGAUUCCAGCCUGACACGAUAUGGUUCAGAUAUGGGCCAUUACCUCACUGUCUAUAUGCGCAGAGGAGAGGUUGUGGCGCAAGUAAAUAAUGGCAAGGGGGAGUUUAUGGUGUCUGUUAAGCCAAAGACUACACUGUGUGAUGGAACGUUUCAUAAAAUAUCAGUGAUCAAACGGAAAAACGUUGUCCAGCUUCAUGUGGAUACAGUGGAUAAUUACAAGAUCGGACCUCCAUUAUCCAUCACACCUUUGACCAAAAACCCUCUCUAUGUGGGCGGCAUUCCUGAGCUGACUCGAAAGCAUGUCCUCCCAGUCACCUCCUCCUUCGUGGGAUGCAUCGAUGACAUGACGAUCAACAGUGAGCCAGUUCUGUUUAAUAGACUGUCUGCUGUGGUCGGUCCAGUCAACCUCAAAGAGUGCCCCGCAGGAUGAGACAACAGCUCUCCACUUUUUCCAACACCAAACUUUGGGACCACGCCCAUCACCAAGUGCAAUCUGUUACCAAGAAAGAGAAUGUCUUUGUUUGCGAGGCUGUACAUAGUUCAGUAUGAGGACACUGUGUGUGUGGACCAUGUGUGAAUGUGGGAGAGGAUGUUCAAGUUGUUUGCUGCUCUUAAGCUUUGUUUUUCUAUUUAUUUUGUAAUGAAAUUCUAUAUGAGCACCAUGUCAUGUAGCAUUACAGGGCAGUGUGACGUACUGGUUCAUUCUCUCUUUUGACAAUCAGUGCUAAAAUGGUUUGUAAUUUGUCAGGGCAAAACAGCACUUUAAGAAACAAACCCUUCAGAUGGUGCUUUAUAGAGUUCUACAUUCAUGAUUUAUAUUUCUGUUUUUGAGUUUGGAGUAAAGAUUAUUACUCCAGUUUACACCAGCAGUGUGUGUUUUAGCAACAUUUGAAGGUUGCCAAGCCACUGGAUCUUCAUGCUACUUGACAACAUUGCAUGUUUUAUAAGUUAUAAGCAGUUCUUUGGUGAUUUAUUCAUAUCUGCAUUCCUUAUGUUUUGGCAUUAAGUGCAUGUACAGUAUUUUUACAGAAAAUAACCACAAAUGUACGUAAAUCUGAGAUCAUAUCCAAAGUUUCCACAGUUUGGUCUCAGACCAGAGACAUUUGGGACCACUGAUCCAACACAUACAAUAUUUUCUCCAAUAAAUGUUUACUUAGACAUGUUAGCAACUUGUGAUUGCAUAAUUGGCAAUUGAUUUUUGUUGUAUGUUCAUUCCUGUGUUUCAAACACAUUUAUGUAAAUAUUCUAUCCAGAUAUGGGUAAUUAAAA